CAUUUACCAGGCUUUGAUAGUAGUUCAGAAAUACACAGACAAAGGUUAGCUUUGGAUUUGGAAGUCUAGGAUUAAUACUUGUCUGUGCUGCAUUUUACUCACAUUUAUUGUGCUCAGGAGUCUAAUAAGGACUGUAUGAGAUAGAGCUGUUUGUGUGAGUUGAAGAUCCAUCAUCUUUGGAGAUCUGGUAAGAUGGGCACAAAACCCGUUCUUGUAGUCCAUGGUGGAGCUUGGGCAAUACCAGAUGAGUUUGCUGAAAGAAGCAUCCUGGGAGUUAAAAAUGCAGUUAAGAAUGGCUUUGCAGUGCUGGAAAUGGGAGGAAGUUCAAUGAAGGCUGUUGAAAUUGCUGUGCGGGCCUUAGAAGACGAUGCUGUGUUUGAUGCAGGUCAUGGUGCUGUACUGAAUGCUGAUGGUUAUGUGGAACUUGAUGCAAUCAUCAUGAAUGGUAAAACUCUCGCUGCUGGCGCAGUCUCCUGCAUCAGGAACAUUUCUAAUCCGGUGACAUUUGCUUGUUCAGUCUUGGAAAAGACACCUUAUGUGAUGCUCACUGGAACAGGUGCUAACCAGUUUGCUGAGAAGCUAGGCAUACCUCAAGUGCCUGUAGAAGAGUUAGUAACAGACCAUGCCAAAGCUGAAUGGGAGCAAUACCGCAAAUACAAGCAGACUGUCAAAUCACUUUUUAACACAGAAUUGGUUCAUGACACAGUGGGUGCAGUUGCUAUAGACUGUGAAGGUAACAUGGCUUGUGCAACUUCAACUGGAGGCAUCACAAAUAAAAUGGUUGGACGUGUUGGUGACACCCCAGUCAUAGGUUCAGGUGGCUAUGCUGACAACCUUGUUGGUGCUGUCUCUGCAACUGGUCAUGGAGAGUCCAUCAUGAAAGUCACCCUUGCAAGGCUUAUCCUCUUUCAUAUGGAACAAGGAGAUCCAGGUUCAAAUUCCUGCCCUGGAGCAGGGACUCGUGCCUGGGUGUCUUGCUUCCCAAAUCUGCACACUACAAGAUCCUCCAUGUGUGGGUCUCUCCACUACUGUGCAGAAGUGGGAGAACAGCCACCUCUGAGGCACCAACUCCUCACAUCUCUUCCAGACCCUGUGGAGGCCUUUCUACAGGUAAAACUCCAGAGGAAGCUGCAGAUUCUGCUCUUCACUAUAUGGAGAGGAGAGUCCAUGGACGGGGAGGAGUUAUAGUUGUCAGCAAAACUGGAGAAUGGACAGCACGAUUCACCACCAAGCGGAUGGCAUGGGCAGGCAUAAAGGAAGGCGUGUUAAUGUAUGGCCUAAAUCCAGGAGAAACAAUUCAAGAAAUAAUUAAACCCUCCAAAUAAACUUUUUUGGGGAGGGGAUUUUUACAGUGGAUGUUAUUAUUAGUUUGUGCUACAUGAUUCUUAAUGAAGGGUGUAUGUAUCUGGCAUCUUUGGAUUAACUUUUCAUAUUCAAGAAGAUUCAUAAAACAUGACUUUAUUACCUUUAAUAAAGAUAGUUUUCCAAA